ACUUCGUGUGUUGAUACAAACGCAUAAAAAAACAAAAAACGAUCGAAGUGAUAAAAAACUAUUUUAAACUGGGCAGCAAGGAUAAUAAGUGUGCAAAGGGACUAACGAAUUUAAGUGAAAUUUCCAAACGAAGAACCGAAAGAACUCGAAAGUCAGAAGGGACUCUUAAAAAUGUCAGUGCAAAGUGCGUGUUCCUAAAAAUGUUCUUGCUACAACGGUUAAUAAUCGCGCUUGCGCACGUGUUACUCACGUUGGUGGUGCUAUGCGCCUGCGCGCCCCAAAGCUAUUAUGCCUCAAACUCUUAUUCAACCCGCUCAGCAUCACCAUAUCGCGCGAAUCCUUAUCGGCGCGCCGGCUAUUCACCUUAUCGGGACUAUAACCGCGAGUAUUAUGACGCGUUGCGACAACGACGCCUGCGCGCGCUGGCCGACAGCUACAAAGGCGUUUACAAUAGCAUCAGCUCCAGCACCAGCAGCCGUGGCGACAGCGGCACGAGCAGCAAAACACAGCGCUACUACUCCUCCUCACGUUUGCCCAUCUCCGCAGCCACCAUAAGCGCCAGCAAAAACGAUAGCAACGGCAGCACAAGCACCAGCCUUUACGUUAGCAACAGCAAUGAACCGUAUAGCAGUAAAUACAACAGAUACGACGCCUACGCAUCCGAUAGUAAGCGCGCUACGAACAGCGCUUCGAGCGCAACAUUAAAUAAGCAGCAGGAUGCAAGCGUCAACGGUAACAGUAAACCGCGCGUUAGCAAAGCUGAUGAGGAGAAUGCAAAAUUUGCUGGUAUUCGAAAUCAAGAAGCCGAAGAGGAGAACACAAAAACCUUGUCGCAUUUGAAGCGUAAGAAGCUACGUCGCUGCUUUCCGUUUGGUCGCGACGCACAGGGCGAUGAAGUGACACCGCCACCAGCGGAGCAAGGACGUUUACUUUGGGAUUUGAAUGUCUAUAAUAUUUAUAAUGGCGGUGGUUAUCCUCCGCCUAUAUAUGGUGACAGUGGUGGUUGCGGUGGACUUGGUGGCGGUUUGGGCGGCGUUGGUGGUUUGGCUAGCGCUUUUGCCGGCGGUGGGGGUUUUGGCGGCGGUGGUUUGCUCUCCGAUCCGAUUGCUGCCGCUUAUGCGCCACCCAAUAGAUUGAAUAAUUUCCUACAGCUAUUUGCUCCUGGAAUUUUGCAGAAUGCUUUAGCGGCGACAGCGCGUCCAUCCCUUCUCAGACCACAAGCAGAUACGAACGCGAGUGAGGCUAACGAUUUGGCUAAUGAUCCGGACAUUGACCCUGCCUAUACUCCUGUCGCAGCCAGACCACCGCCGGUGAGAAGACCUAACAGGGUUUACUAUGAUUCGGCGGGUGCGGCUCCCGUAACACCUGCCCAAUUGGUAGGCGGUGUAGCCACCACUGUAAACGGUAUCAUACAACAACUCACUGGCAAUGUUCAGCCAGUAUACCCGGGUUAUAGGUCGCUAAGUUAUGGAAAGUAAGAAAUCUCUAAAUGCUCCCAAAUGCGCGAAUGAAGUUAUAUACAAAUAUACUACAUAAUUUUUAGUUUUAUAUUUACUUUUAA